CCUCGCCACUAGUCCCUGGUAUGUUCCACUUCUUUCAUCUGCCGCAGGAGCAGAGGAUGCCCAGGCCUGGUUCGUGUUGAAGAUUCACGUUGACUUGAUGAUGAAGAGAUAGAAAAACCCACGGACGUUAUAAGUCCCAGUGAACAUAUAAGGAGGAGGAGUGAGGAUGUUUGCUGUUGACUGAAGUCCACUUCAAGAAACAAAAUGAAGGAGAGGCUGCUUCGUGGUUUCCUCUCGGAAAUUUCCAUCCGAAUGGCAUUGUUAGUGGUGUUUCUUGUGACGGAACAGCUUCCUCCUUUCUACCGUGAGAUCCAGCCAGAGGAGAUGUGGUUGUAUAAAUUCCAUCGUGUGGAGAGAGACCAUGUACCCACCUCUCUCAUGUUUAGUAUGGCAGUUUUCACGCCACUGAUUGUAAUCCUGGCUUUUGCCUUCAUGAAGAAGUCAGAGCCAGGAGAUCUUAAAGAAGCCUCGCUGGCUGUAACUCUGACUCUGGUGCUAAAUGGAGUUUUCACCAACAUCAUCAAACUCGCUGUAGGCAGGCCACGGCCAGACUUCUUCUACCGCUGCUUCCCAGAUGGUCAGAUGAACCUGGAGCUGCGCUGCACCGGUGACCCAGAUACUGUUAUCGAGGGCAGGAAGAGCUUUCCCAGUGGGCAUUCUUCCUUCGCUUUUGCAGGUCUGGGUUUCACAGCUAUGUACAUCGCAGGAAAGCUGCGCUGCUUCAAUUCAGUAGGCCAAGGCAAAGCAUGGCGGCUAUGUGCCUUCCUUAUCCCUUUGCUUAUCGCAGCUGUGAUCGCCCUCUCCAGAACCUGUGACUACAAACACCACUGGCAAGAUGUAUUGGUGGGUUCUCUGCUGGGCCUCGUCUUUGCCUGGUUGUGUUACAGGCAACACUACCCUCCCCUGCAGGACCCUGACUGCCACAGACCGCUGCGUCACAGAAAGACUGUUCCUGCUGCACAGGAACGCAAGUUGGCCAACUCCAACUACAUCCUUCCCAUGUAAUAGAAAUGUAACUGGGAAAUACUCUUUACUUGUGUGAUUUAUACUGGAAUACAUGGUAGUCAUUCUUAUUCUGGUUUUUAACACCCUUACGGCUGGGCAGUAUAUCACUAUUUAUUGUUUAUCAUGGAUCAUUGUAGAGGUCUAAUGUAAGGUGGAACACAGUUUGUUCUCUGAUAUGAAAUUGCAAACAUUUGUCUCUCAGGUGGUUUUUGAAACACUUCAGUUGCGGAAAGUAAUAACUCUUGUGUGAUGGACUUCACCUGACCACCUAAAGUGUUUAUUUCUAAACCCUGAAAUGAUGUCAUUAUGUUUCUGGACGUUGUCAUUAGUGGACGUCUCCAGAUUGUCCUGACAUUGUUUUUUUUUGUCCAUUUGGCCCAGCCCCACAUACGCUGUUAAUUGUGCCUGUGUUCACAUGACUUUUAAUACUCACAACAGCUGAGCAGCUCAACUACAUAACCACCGACUGCACGCUAAUAUUCGACUGCCCAUCAAGCUCAGGCUCAGCUGCUGUGACACAGUUUCUCCUGUAGGGACACUAUUUUGUACUUUUUAACUAAGCAGGGUUAAAGUUUAUGAGAAAAUGCCUAUAUACAAUAUUUAACUUUCUGUGAAUGGUCUUUCUCAUUAUUCUUUACUAUAUGGGGAAAAAAAUAUCAGGAGGAAAGUUCAGAUAUUAACUUGCUGAUUCAGUUUUCAACUGAAUCUAAUGAUCUUGGCUCAGGCACAGUACAACAGUUCAAAUCAGUUGACAUUGAUCAGUAUUUCUGAAAUGUCAUAACAAUUGAUAACCGUAGAGGCAAUUCUUCAAUCGGAGGUAAAACAUUCAAAAUUGUGUUCACACAAUGCAUAAACUUAUUGUAUCUAUUUUGUAUUUAUUAUCUGUUUUCUAUUGCUAUUGGUUUUUUUCCCCUCUUGUGUCUCCCAGCCUUCUAUCAUGUGAUCUUUAAUAGAAACAGUUCAACAAGAGACUGGGAAAAAUAACAAUAAAAAGAGACAAUGUUGGGUCUCUGUAAACAUCAGACCAGCCACAUCUCUGUCUGUGGGUCUGUGGAUAACUAUAGAGAAGAUAAGCUGAGAGAUGACAGCGAGCACACGCAGAUUUAUUCUGCCAUUACAGUUCACAUCUCAGUGUUACAUACAUACACACACACACACACACACUGUCACACAGGAGCCAGCUAUGGUUUUUGAAGAGGACAGUGUGAUGUGAUUAAAAGCACCAGAUUAACUUAUUGUCAUCACCUUAUGGUUAGUUGAUUAUUCAGAAAGAAAGAUCUGUGGUUUAUCAUGAAAAUAUUUAUCUUGUCACCAUAUUGUCACUUCACCUGUCUGGAAAGUGAAUGAAAAAUAGCUCUGUCCAUACUGCAUCUGUUUUCUCCCUUUUUUAAUGCUUUAAAUCUCUGUCUUCCUGUAGUAUAUGUUGAUGAUUUAUGUUCACAGAACACAAAACCAGUUUUGUUUUUUGCUGACAUCUGAGAAAGGGAUUUUAGAAGCCCGGUCCUCAAUAUAAUACCCUGCUCAUCUUGCAGCAUCUGUAGUGCUGCAGUACUUAAAUUCACUCUUGUGUUCCUUGGUCAGCUCAUCUGAAGUAAGAUCAUUCUCCAGUGGUGUGAGAGAUGAUGUGCACAAGUGUUAUUAUUUUGUUUCCAUCAUCACAGUGGAACCAGAUCUUUCAGAUGAACCUGAGUUGGGUCAGACUGUGACUUCUCCAGGUGAUGGUGCUAGUCUCCCAGUGCUUUUGCUGGUUUGGAUUUCUAUGCUGUUUAAUAUGGGAUGUUUUGGUGAUUUAUUAUUUUUUCUUUGAUUGUUUCCCUCAAUUUCCAUUUAAUAUAUUUGGUCUCUGCUUAAAUCAUGUAAGAAAAAAAGUUCACUUUUUUAUGCAGUUCCAUAUAUAAAAGAACCAAACCUUGUGUUUUUGUUUGCUUGGGGAAUCAGUGACUGACCAAACGUGGCAGAAAGUUACAUGAAUUUGUGCCUUUAAUUAUUUGCUUUAUGGCUCUUUGUUAAUGAAUGAUACAUAGACUACAUGUAACAAUGUAUGAUCUCUGUCAUCGUUACCUUUGAUUUAUGGCUUUAGUUUUUGAAUUGUUUUACAGUGUAUAGGAUUCACUUGUUAAGAUAAUACCUGGUAUUUAAAUGUAGCUUGUUGCCUCUUUUUACCUCAGAAAAAAAGCAUAUGUCAUUACCUUCCAUAAAUGUCAUUGUAAAUGUGAAGAAUUUUGUUUGUUUUAUUUACAACUGAGGGACUAAACAGUGGGAGUGAAACCUCACUUUUUACUGACUUUUGAGACUAUAUCUUAAUUUACUUGGACGGUCUAACAGGCAUUUAUGGGAUGAUGUACACGUCUGCUGGGUGUUAUUUGGGGGCAUGUUGGAGUUUACUUGAAUUUUUGCAAUGUGUUUGUUUACAGUAAAUGUGAUUUUCAUUCCAUGAAAAUGGUGAACAUAUUUGUUGUGCAUGGGCACAUGGGAUUUCAGGGGAAAUUUCAGACUAAAAAAACAUCUUGCAUGUUUCACAGUCACAUAUUUUCCUACGUUACUAUCUGUAUGGCCAAAUUUCCGCCUACUUUAAUUUAUUGUAUGUUCUUUUUUUAUCAUGUGUGGUCUUCAGAUCUGCAGUUGUGACAAGGGAUUAUAUGAACAUCUACUCAUUUGUGUUUUAAUGACACUCCAGUGAUAUUUUCUAGGACCAUACAGCAGCUGCUCAUGCUGAUCCUGAUUGUACUGUACAUGUUGUGUUGCUUUAAAUAGAUAUUUUGGUGGCACAAAAUGAUGUUUUGUAAAUAAUCUUGCACUCUGUUUAUUACACCUGUCACCUGUUCUGAAAACACAUUUUGUAGUGUAGGAGAAUGCAAUGAAAAGGGAGCAAAGAAAACCAUGAUACAACAACAAAAAUGUUUGUAUUGGUCAAAUCUUGAAGUGUCUUGGUUUGCAGCAAUUUAAUUUGUGCAGGAAAGUUGCCUUUUCUAAUGUAUUUGUAAUACUGUGUGUUUUGACUGUCUCUAUUCAUGUAUGAUCAUGAAAUUGUUUUAGUAAGGAUACUAGGUCAUUUUUAAUAAGCGGAAUGUUAGAUCAAAAGCAUCUCUUCUCAUGCACCCCUGCACUCAGUUAAUCCAUAUUGAAUCUCCUGACACUGAUUAAACUGGACAUUAUUGUGGAAUGGACAA